AUGCAAGCCUUCUAUCGCACAUCCACCGUCGCGGCAUCACGAGCAGCAGCACCCACGAGACUAGCAUCGAUACGGAGGCACCUCUCUUCAACAGCCCGUACCAUGGCUCCCAUCACCAAGGAAACCGAUUUCCUCGUCAUCGGCGGCGGCAGCGGCGGCCUGGCCUCGGCUCGCAAGGCCAGCGGGCAGUUCGGCACAAAGGCUCUCAUCGUCGAGGGCUCGCGGCUGGGAGGAACCUGCGUGAACGUGGGCUGCGUCCCGAAAAAGGUUACCUUCAACGCCGCCGCCAUCGCCGAGACCAUCCACCAGGCAAAGUCCUACGGCUUCUCCGUCGCCGAGACGGCCCCCUUUGACUGGCCCACCUUCAAGACGAAGCGCGACGCCUACAUCAAGCGCCUCAACGGCAUCUACGAGCGCAACCUCAACAAUGACAAGGUCGAGUACCUCCACGGCUGGGCCAAGCUCACCUCGCGGAACGAGGCCGAGGUCACCCUUGACGACGGCACCAAAGCCCUCGUGAAGGCCAAGAAGAUUCUCAUCGCUGUCGGCGGCAACCCCACCAUCCCGCCCAACAUUCCCGGCGCCGAGCUCGGCAUCAACUCGGACGGCUUCUUCGACAUUGACAAGCAGCCCAAGAAGGUUGCCCUCGUCGGCGCCGGCUACAUUGCCGUUGAAUUCGCUGGCAUGUUCAAUGCACUUGGCUCCGAGACCCACCUCUUCAUCCGCCACGACACCUUCCUGCGCACGUUUGACCCCCUCAUCCAGGAGACCGUCACGAAGGAGUACGAGCGUUUGGGCGUCAACCUGCACAAGCGUUCGCAGCCCACAAAGGUCGAGAAGGACGCCGAGGGCAAGCUCACCAUCUUCUACAAGGACGCCGAGGGCAAGGAGAUAUCUGAGGGCGGCUUCGACCACCUCAUUUGGGCCAUUGGCCGCACGCCGGCGACAAAGGACAUCGGCCUCGAGGAGAUUGGCCUCAAGCUCAACGAGAAGGGCCACAUCCCCGUCGACCAGUACCAGAACACCAACCUGGAAAAUAUUUACGCCCUUGGUGACGUCACCGGCCAGGUCGAGCUGACUCCCGUUGCCAUCGCCGCCGGCCGCCGCUUGGCUGAGCGUCUGUUUGGCGGCCCCGAGUUCUCCAAGGCCCACCUCGACUACUCCAACAUUCCAUCCGUCGUCUUUUCCCACCCCGAGGUUGGCAGCAUCGGCCUUACGGAGCCUCAGGCCAUCGAGAAGUAUGGCAAGGACAACAUCAAGGUCUACAAAACCAGCUUCACCGCCAUGUACUACGCUAUGAUGGAGCCUGAGGAAAAGGGUCCCACCGCCUACAAGCUCGUCGUGGCCGGCCCCGAAGAAAAGGUCGUCGGUCUUCACAUUGCCGGUCUUGGCAGCGGAGAGAUGCUCCAGGGCUUCGGUGUUGCAGUCAAGAUGGGCGCAACGAAGAAGGACUUCGAUAGCUGUGUUGCGAUCCACCCGACUAGCGCCGAGGAGCUUGUGACUUUGAAAUAG